UCCAAUACACUCUUCUGUGGCUUAUGUGUUGUGGAGGUGAUUUUUGACGGUCAAUCAGUCGCCGCCUCCGCUGGUUUUUCUGCUAAAAUAACUGACCAUGUCUGCAACCGCAGUAUCAUCCUAUGUUGUUUCAGGCCCAAAUUCUUUGGGUCUUUGCCACUUCUCAUCAAGAACAAGACCCAGAAAUGUUUUCCUCUUUAGCUCCGUAGCCACACCUAGUUGGAGAAGCUUCCAUUCUUUGAGGCCACCAUCUAUCUUAUUCAAAAUCCCACAUGGGUUUUCCAAGCGAAGCCUCAAAGGCUCCAAGCCCUUUUCCCCUGUCAUGCAAUGGCAGGAUUCCACGGUCAAGAUGGAACUUGAUGUGCCUGUUUCCGUUGCCUAUGCCUGUUACUCUGAUCGUGAAGCCAUUCCCCGUUGGAUGCCCUUUAUUUCAUCUGUAAAGAUAUUGGAAGACAAGCCUGACCUAUCACGUUGGUCGCUGAAGUAUGAAGCAUUUGGUCGUGAUAUUGAGUUCUCAUGGCUUGCCCGAAAUAUGCAGCCUAUCCCAAAUCAGAAAAUCCACUGGAGAUCUCUGGAAGGUCUUGCUAACAGAGGUGCUGUUCGAUUUUAUCCAAAAGGUCCUGCAUCAUGCGUAGUAGAACUGACAGUGUCAUAUGAAGUUCCUGAAAUUUUAGUUCCUGUGGCAUCAGCACUACAACCUUUUCUUGAAGGCUUACUUCGACGUGGUUUGGAUAAGUUUGCAUCAUUUGCAAAAACCUACGAAGCAGACUUAACUAGCUGAUGGUAUAAAUGGCAACCAAAACUCAAAAACAGUUGUCACUAAUUCUUUCAAGGUGAAAUUGCGUGUUUCUACCACAUCCAAUUGUAAUGCGUACUUUGUAAAGAAAUAAAAAACACUUUAUAAUUUUGUAGGGUCAA